UCGUGUAAUUGCGGCAUUGCAUAAUAAAUAUAGUGGGCCGCGCGUUUGUUUUCUGUAUUCGCACCUGGCCAUUUGAGGCGUAAGCGGUGCAUCCGUAAUCAGCCUCACUUACUUGGAGAUAACGCGGUAUCGUAGCAGUACGCUGAUGGCACUAUCAGUAAAGUGACUAGUCCCGGGUCGCACCUGACAUCGCGAGGACGUUUACGACCGGCUGUUUCUAGACACGUCCAGAGAAAUGAGUGCAUUCAUUAUUCAAAAGAGCUAACGUGUAUUGCGGAGAUCCAACCCUCUGAAUCGGAAAGAUCGCAUUACAUAAGACACCCUCGUAUAUGUAACUCACCUGGCAGUCUUCACCAAGUCCGCUUGACUAGAGACGGAGAGGGAAAAGAUGCGCUCUGCGAAGAUUGUCCAUCUUAUUGUAAAUAACAAGUUUAUUACGCGAGCUUAGAAAUGGCCUUGAAGAGUUUAUCGUGUUAUCCAAACAUCCUGUUGACUAGAGUGCAGUAAUAAGAUAUAUCAUGCAUUUACGCAAGAAAAAAUGAAUACGAAGGAGACUGUAAUUUAUAUUGAAGCAUUUAUAGCGUUAUUCAGUUGAGUCACAAUUUAUAUUACUUAUCAUGGUGCAGCAGCGACUUCCCAGUUUCGAUAUUUUUUACACAGGUGGUCGAAGCGGGCGACGAUUUGUACUGACACUCGCUGCUGGAAUGAUUUUUGGCUUUUUAUCGGCAUGUCUGCUCAUCGCAUCCUCGAGAGACGUACCGCACAUAUUCAGUUGGGUGCCAGGUAGUUCUAGUUUCUCUAGAGAUCCUCAUCAUUAUUCGGAACUGGAAUCAGAGAUUGGUCCCGAAACGGAAGUAAAAUUUCAUGGCGAUGACGAGGACUUCCACAAAGGGGAAGAUAGAAUAGCUCAGGAUAUGGCGAGAAAAGUGCGUGUUCUUUGCUGGGUGAUGACUGGUCCGAAGAACCACCAGAGCAAGGCUCGACACGUGAAAGCGACAUGGGGGAAACGUUGCAACGUACUUCUUUUUAUGAGUUCUGCGGCAGAUACCAGCUUACCCACUGUAGUGCUGCCAGUGAAGGAGGGUAGAGAUAAUCUGUGGGCUAAAACCAAAGAAGCUUUCAAGUACGCUUACGAGAAGUACAAAGAUAAAGCAGAUUGGUUCAUGAAAGCUGACGACGAUACAUACGUGGUGGUGGAAAAUCUACGAUACAUGCUGUCAUCGUACAAUCCAAAUUCGUCAUUAUACUUCGGAUGCAGAUUUAAACCUUUCGUGAAACAAGGUUACAUGAGCGGUGGCGCGGGAUAUGUACUUAGUAAGGAGGGCUUACGCAAAUUUGUGGAAGAGGGCUUACCCGACAAGACCAAGUGCCGACCGGAUAACGGCGGCGCGGAGGACGUGGAGAUGGGGAAAUGUCUCGAGAAGGUUGGCGUACGCGCGAUGGAUACCAGGGAUCCUCACGGGCGCGGUAGAUUCUUUCCGUUCGUGCCGGAGCACCAUUUGAUACCAAAUCACGUAGACAAGAAUUUCUGGUAUUGGAAGUAUAUCUAUUACGAUACCAAGGAUGGCUUGAACUGUUGUUCGGAUAGUGCUGUUUCAUUCCACUACGUGUCACCGAACAUGAUGUACGUUCUAGAGUAUCUAAUUUACCAUUUGAGGCCGUACGGCAUCAAUCAUAGUCUGGAGAGACCUUCUCCGGACCGACCGUCGACGUUGACCGAAUACUAGUCCGUACACUGUCGUAAAUAGAUCGUAAGGUUCUAUCAUUCUCGUUUUAUACAAUGAUACUAGUCCAUUCGAGCCAACGAUACAAGUGUAAUUACUCUCAACGGAUAAAAAGUGUGAUAUAUCGUACUUCUUAAAUAGAUAAAAUCUUUAUACGUAUCUAUGUUAAAGUCAGGACACUGUGGCCAUAAUGGAUAUAGCUGUAGUUUAGAAUAGAAAGGAUAGGGAGAUAUAGUGCAAGCACAAUAGAUAUGCGUCCUGGAGACUCUGAAUUUCGUCGGUUUUUUUUAGAGCAUUAAAUUACAUAUUAAAUGUGCAAAAGGUGAGAUGUGAUAAUAACUUCUUAAGCAUUUAAACUCCCAAAUAAAAUGUAUGGACAGAACAAGUCUCAUAUUUUGUUGCCACGUUGUAGAUGCCGUCGAA